AUUUUCUCGAAAAAGAAUUCGUUGCUUUCUAUUAUUUUCCCUCAAAUUUUCCCACCUGAUUUAUUAUUUUUGGUCUCUCCACCAUAGAAAAAUCAGGGAGCACAAAGAGAGGGAGAGUUGGGGGUAGAGCAGAGCUCAGAGCAGUACCCCCGUUCGCUGGUCAUGGAGACUUCAAUCUGCGGCCGCGUCGCUCUUUCUCCCAACCACGUCUUUAACCCUUCAAAAUCCGGGGAUAGGCAUUACUUUUAUUAUAAGAAAUGCCCGAGCCGGACCAAUUUAAUGACAAUGUCAACCACUGCAUUAGGGAAGGGAGGUGGGUUGUUGGAGAGGCCAACCAUAGAGACAACACCUGGUCGUGAGUCCGAGUUCGAUGUAAGGAAAUCGAGGAAGACAUCGCCACCUUACCGAGUUCUCCUCCACAAUGACAACUUCAACAAGAGGGAGUACGUGGUCCAAGUCCUGAUGAAGGUGAUCCCAGGAAUGACCCUUGAUAACGCGGUCAAUAUCAUGCAGGAGGCUCACUACAAUGGGAUCUCCGUGGUAAUUAUAUGCGCCCAAGCCGAUGCAGAAGAGCAUUGCAUGCAGCUCAGGGGUAACGGGCUGUUGAGUUCAAUUGAGCCUGCGAGUGGUGGCUGCUGAUAAUAAAGAAUUGGUCUGUGAAGAGGCGAGUACUUGUUCUUGUCCCUUGUGGCGAUAGUCGACAUUUUGAUGUCUUAGUAGUACAAAGAAACUGUCCUGUGUACAUAAAACCGAUAUUGAUCAAAGUAUAUGGAGACGUUGUCACGUUUCAGCUACUAUAUCCCAUCAAUAUGGCCAUUCAACAUUAUUAGUA